CGGAUAAAACAGAACGAGCUUCAAUCGCGUCGCUGGAAUUAAAGAUUGAAGGAAAUAUUUUUCACAUUUUCUUUACAUAUAUACACAUAAACUUAACCCACAAGAUCGCAGCUGAAGUUACAAAAAAUUUAUAUACCUUAACGUAAUAUUUAUUCACACAGAAUUCCAAAGAUCAAUCCGUGAUCAGUGCCGAUUAUUUCGUCGCAUUUUUAUCGCAAAUACACAAAGGUUCGAACAUAACCUAAAACCUGUAAAAAAAAGAACAGAUGCAUACGAUGGAUUGUUACACACUGCCUUUGGACGGAACAACAGAAAAAUUAUUGAGCCUUUAUCUCUACACAAAUGUCUGUAAUACAAAAGAAAUACGAGAGAGCUUAAUGUCAGGAAAAUUGUCAUGUUGCGUGAUAAAGGCUUCGCUUGUAGUGGAUCCGUUUCAAGUUGCGAUAGCGGCGAACAAAGCAGCUCUGAGAGAAAAGCGUUCGAAACUCACAACGAAAUCGAUAUUCACAGAAAUCUUGUAUGCCAUGUCAACGUCCAGUAAAAUAACUGAUUCCCUCGUUAAAUUUGGUAUUCAUGACAAUGACAAAAAUAUCGUAGUCGUGAUGAUUCACAGACCUAAUGAGAAGGAAAAACUGGAGGAAGAAGUCUUAAAACGAAUAAACGGCGACAGAAUUCCUAUUUCGAGACUAAAUGAAUUCACAGAUGAGCCAAAGGUCAAAAAACUUUACAAUGUUGAGCAAGACGAACUGGCUGUGUCAAGUCUUCUAGAUUCGGUCAUAAGCAGGAUAAGCUGCGAUUUUGCUUCCACCUCCAAAUGAAAAAAAAAUUUGGAAUAAAAUAAAAGGCAAACUACACAUUUCGCAAGUCGCAAGCGCUGCUGGAUUCAGAAAAGUGCAAUAAGAGCAGGUCCAUAGCGACUGAUUCGCCGGUUGAUUCUGCAAGUCUCCACUCGUACCGACUCCAACACCGGGCACAC